AUGGCCGCCCGCGGUCGCCCAGCGACGCCCCUGGUCGCGGCAGCGGAGAGGGCAGCAAGAGAGCAAGCCGCGGAGGUGGAGGAUGGUGCUUGUAACGGGGUGACAAUGCAGGACGGCAGUGCCAGCAAUGCUACUGCAGGCGGGACAGCAGCGCCGGAGGGGACGUUGUUUAGAGCGUUGGAGGCGGAGGAGGUGCGGAGGCAGGGCCACCGCAUGGUGGAUUUCAUUGCAGACUACCUGCAGAGCGUGGGUGACAGACCUGUGCGCUGCUCCGUGCAGCCCGGCUAUCUGCGACCUCUGCUCCCCGCCCGCGCCCCUGAGCAUGGCGAACCGCUGGAAGCCAUUCUCUCAGACAUAUCAAGCGCCAUCCUACCCGGAGUGACGCACUGGCAGAGCCCAUCCUUCUUCGCCUUCUUCUCCUCGCCCACCAGCGCCGCCGCCAUCAGUGCCGACGCCCUCAUCAGCGCCCUCAACGUGGUGGGCUUCUCCUGGGCCGCCGCCCCCGCUGCUACGGAGCUGGAGGGGGUCGUUAUGGACUGGCUGGCUGACCUUCUGGGGCUGUCGGAUGGGUUCCACUCGGUGAAAUCAGGUGGGCGGGGCGGAGGGGUGAUUCACGGCACGGCCAGUGAGGCGCUGCUGGUGGCAUUGCUGGCUGCCAGGCGGAGAGUGCUGGACCGUGUGAUGGGACAGCCCGGCAGUGCUGCAGCGCCAGGCAGAGCGGGCUGUGAGGACCUGCCUGUUGCACCUGCUGCUGCUGCUGGUCCUGCUGCCGCUGGUGCUGCUGCUGCUGCUGGUGCUGCUGCUGCUGCUGCUGCUGCUGCUGCUGCUGCUGCUGCUGGUCCUGCUGCUGCUGGUGGUUCUGCUGCUGCUGCUGGUCCUGCUGCUGUUGCUGCUGGUUCUUCUGCUGGUGCUGCUGGCGUGGGUGUGCGGGGCGAGGCUACUCACACGUUCCCAUGGGCGAGUGAGGAGGGCAUGGCAGCACAGCGCCUGGUAGCAUACGUGUCAGACCAGACGCAUGCAUGUGCGCUCAAGGCAUGUCGCGUGGCAGGCAUGCCCGAGGGCAACGUGCGAGUGCUGCCCACCACGCCUGCAUCAGCAUACGCCCUCACUGCCCGCCAGGUGUUGGAUGCGGUGCAGAGCGAUGAGGCUGCUGGCCUCAUUCCCUUCUUCCUCGUCCUCACUGUACGUGGGAGGCACCUCGUUCCCUUCUUCCUCACUCUCACUUUCUGUAAUAUGUACCUCACUCACUCCUUCCCUCACGCGCGUCACGAUAAGCCACCUUGCGUAGAGGACGGUGCGUGUUUGCCUGCUUGCCCCUCUGUGUCACCUCCAGCUGUUGGCUCCACGUCAUCCACUGCUGUGGAUCCGAUCGCCCCUUUGGCUGCCAUCGCGAAGGAGCAUGGCAUGUGGGUGCAUGUGGAUGCGGCGUAUGCAGGCAUGGCGAGCAUGUGCGCUGAGAUGCGCCACCACCUGGCAGGCGUGCAUCUGGCCGACUCACUAGCCUCCAACGCUCACAAGUGGCUGCUCACUAGCUUCGGCUGCUCCUGCCUCUGGACCCAGGACAGCACGUCGCUGGUGGACGAGCUGUCUAUACUGCCGGAGUAUCUAAGGAAUAAGAGGCAGCAAGUGGUGGACUACAAGGACUGGGAGAUCCCCAUCGGCCGCCGCUUCAGGUCACUGAAGCUGUGGAUGGUGCUGCGCACGUAUGGAGCAGAGGGCAUCCGUGCAUACAUCAGGCGCCACGUGUCGCUUGCUGAGUGGUUCGAGGAGGCCGUGCGGCAAGAUGAGAGGUUCCAGCUGAUGGCACCACGCCCCUUCGCCCUCGUCUGCUUCCGCCUCAAGCCGCCUGCAGCUUGUGCACGCGGGGGGGAGGCAUGCGGAGUUGUGGGCGAAGGGGGGUUGGACAAGGGGGUGGAGGGCGAGGACAGAGAAAGGGCGGUGAACGCGGCGUUACUGGAGGCGAUCAACAGCAGCGGCCAGGCGUACCUCACACACACUGUCAGUGCUAUCAGGGAAGUACACGCUGCGCAUGGCAAUAGGGGCGGUGAAGACAGAGAAGACGCAUGUGCAGGCAGCGUGGAGGCUCAUCCAAACGGAAGCUUCCAACCUGCUGCAAAAGGGUUCGGCACGGCUCGAACGGUGUUCACGCCUGCAGCAUCAUACUCUGCAGUGAAGCCUUCCAUUGACAAGAUGGCCGAUCUGCAACUUCCUGCUGCUUCUUGCAAAGACGACGGUGAGACGUGCUGCAGCAGCGUGAUUCUGAAGAGCGUGAGGCCGCUACUGGAGAAUCUGGCGAUGCACCUCGCUGACGGGCAGCACAAGCCCACCUUGAAGGUGCCUGAAGCGAGUGUGACCACAGAAGCAUUAUCCGAGGAGGCGAAUUCACAUGGUGUUGAAUUAAGUGAGAAAGGGAGGUGGGACAAGCUACGUCAGGAGAUUCGAGCUAUGGAUAGUGAAUGGGCCAAGAAAUUGAGAGCACGUGCUGCUUACCUGAGAUGGGCCAAGCUGGGCCAGGCGACGUGGGCAAGGGACAUUGAAGCAGCCAUUGAAGCUUCCCUACCUGCCUGGAUCGUGCCUGGUAAAACUGUUGCUCCUGCAUCUGCAGCAGCAUCGAGUGUAGCAGAGUCUGCACCACCAGCUGCUCCCUCUGCAGCAGCUGCAGCAGUGAAGUCACCUGCUGUGGCAUCAGCAGUGAGGGGAGUUAUGGACUGUGAAUGGGCCAAAACGUUGAGAGCACAUGCUGCUUACCUGAGAUGGGCCAAGCUGGACCAGGCGACGUGGGCCAGGGAUAUUGAAGCUGCCAUUGAAGCUUCCCUUCCUGCCUGGAUCGUGACUGGCAAAACCGUCCCCCCUGCAUCUGCAGCAGCAGCAACUGUAGCAGAGUCCGCAACACAAGCUGCUCCCUCGCCAGCAGCAGCAACACAGAAGCCAAAGCCUGCUGUUGCAGCAAGGUGCAAGGUGGAGUUUGAAACCGUGAAGGGCAAGAAUGGGUGCAGCAGCAAGGUGGUGAGCACCGGUGUGAAGGUUGUUGAGGGCAGUAGGCAUGCACGCUCUGCCCCACGUGCAACAGCAGCAGUUUCGGGAUCACGUGGUGCUGCAUCAUCAGUGAGAGCAGCUGGCAAGGCCAGCAGCAGGCAGGCGAGUGGGGUGAAGAGGAGAGAGGGGGGUGGGUGUGCUGAGGGAGCAGCAGGGAGGGCAGCAGGUGGAUGGCAGGGUGGUGUGAAGGCAGCAGGUGGCAGAGCAGUGGCAAGUGGCGUGUGUGGCAGGGAGGGGGUGAAGCAGCAGGCGGGGAGGAGAGAGGCCGGCAACGGCGGCGGUGGCGCAGGCGCGGAGGGCUGGUUGGCGAAGUGCGCGUUCCUGGCGGUGGACGGCAGAGAGGACUCCCCGCACGCGGGGGAGGGGGGGAAUGCGGGGAAAAGGGGGGUGGGGGAGGAGGCGGAGCGGGGAGAUGCGGGGACGAGGGGGGCGGGGAAGGAGGCGGAGCGAGGGCGGCGGAACACGGUGGAGGUGGUGGCGGCCCUCGCGCUCGUCACGCAUUUGUCUGGCGGCAAGGCGCGCCACGGCGCGCAGGGGCAGGCAGCGCCAUGGCAGCGCAAGCUGGCGCAACUCUUUCCGCCGCAGCACGCAUUCCCUCUGGGCGGGCGAGUGGUGGUGGUGGUGCCAACGCGCGAGCAGCAGGUCGCGGCGGAGAGGGCGUGGCGCAGGCUGCAGCGGCAGCAGGGCGCGCAGGGGGGGGAUGCAGCGGGGAUGGGCGGGGCGGUGGAGGUGCAGGUGGUGGUGGCGGGGCUGUCGAGACUCCCCUCUGGGCUGCCUCCGUGCCCCUUGGCGCUCGUCACAGCCGUGUGUGCGCCGCCCUCUGCUGCGCCCACUGCCUCAGUGCCCUCCCUCUGGCAGCCCUGCAGGAUCCACGCUCUCCUCUCCGCCCCAGCGCCACUCAUCCUCAUCUUGGGCCACCACCCCACUCUCUCAGCUGGCAGCGACACGUGGCACCAAAUCAUUGGCCAGUUGAAGGCCCAGGGCAGGUUCUUGGAUAUGGAGCAGGGAGGGGGAGCGGUGGCGAGGGCGAUAGCAGCGAGGCGGGCGGCAGUGGAGGAGAUGCAGCGGAUGGUGCAGGGCGCACGAGCUGCGGCUGCUGGAGCCAGCAUGCGAGAUGCCUCACCAGACGCCAUGGGAUGGCAUGACCUGCUAUGGACGGGUCUCUUCUCGCCGUCAUUCGGGGAGGCCCUGCAGCGCGCCGAGUCGGUGGAGGUGGUGCUGCGGCUCUGGCGAAUCCUGCAGGGCCGGCAUGGCGGGCGAGAGGGGCGAGACGGGCGAGACGGCAAGCCCGCCACCAGCUGGCUGCCGGCAGGUCCGGAGUGGGCGGAGGAUGAGGUGCCUCGGCGGGUGUUGAACGCCAUUGUGCAUGUGGACGUGGUCGGCGACCUUUGUCUCAUCUGGUCCACCGAUGUGUGCCACGAGAGCCGCAAGCAGGUGGUGCGGCUGUGGACGUUGGAGGCAGAGGGGCGCGUGCAGCAGAGCGUGCAGCGCAUUCAUCGCCACCUGUGCUGCUACUCGCCGGCCUACCUGCACUACUGCGCGCUGCACCAGCACUGCCCCUCCUCGCCCCGCCUGCGCGUGCCGGCCCUCCUGCCUCACCGCAACAUGCAGUGGUGGCGAACACCCUCUGACGUCAGCGCCACAUCAGCGGGGGUCAGCGCCACAUCAGCGGACGUAGUAACACCGCCCAAGUUCAUCCCUCUGCAGCCCGCCGUGGCGCUGACGCUGCUGGCGCGGGGCGGCUCUACUCUCACAGCGUCGCUGGGCCACCUGCCGUUUGAGGUGAACGCAGAGGAGCGGGCUGCCAUCCUCUGCCCAUCCAGCCUCGUUGUGCACGGCCGCUCCGGCACGGGCAAGACGACGGUGAUCAUUCACAGGGCUCUGCGCCUGCACCGCCUCUCCUCCAGCCCUUGCAGUGCCUCCCCAGCCACCCACGGCGGCACUGGCAUGUGGGGUACUGUCUCGGAGGACGGCUGGAGCAUGGGGGAAGGUGGCGUGGUUGGUGGCGUGGGCGAUGGUACGGGGGUGCUGCGGCAGGUGGUGGUGACACGGAGCCUGCAGCUGUGUGCGUCCAUUCAAGCCGACAUCAACCACGCGUCCCAAUCCCUCGCUGCACUCGACUCUGCUCACCUCGCCUCACCGCCCAGCAUGUUGCGCCUGCUGGACGCCUCAGUCACCCGCCCCUUCCUCCGGGCUACGCGGCGGCAGCGCGUGAGAGAGGUGGCGCGGCGGCGUGUGGUGGUUGCCAUUGAGAUGAGCGUGCAGGGGGUGAGGGAGGCGUGGGAGCAGGAGGAGGGCGGCAGGGCGUGGGGCGGCCGCGUGGAGAAGGAGCGAUGGGAGGCGAGGAGGAUCGGUGAGGCUCGCGGAUGGGGACGAGGAGGAGAAGGGGAGCACAGCAGGGGCAGGCAAAGGAAAGGGCGGUGGGGUGAAUGGCAGUGGGAAACGGAUGAGGAGGUUACUCCGGGGGAGGAGGGGCAGGAAGAGGAGGAGGAGGAAGUGGAGGUGGAUUAUGAGCGGUUCAGGCGACAGUACUGGCCGCACUUGGACCAGAGGGCGGUGAGGGGCGUGGCGGUGGAUGCAGCGUUUGUGUGGCGCGAGAUCACAUCGCACAUCAAGGGCAGCCUGCAGGCCCUGCAGCAGGGCCAGCAGGACAGCAGCAGCAGCAGCAGCAGCAGCAGCAGCAGCAGCAGCACGGGGCAUGUGGUGGGGGAGGAGGAGUACGUGCGCGGCAUGGUGGGCAGCAACGAGCGCACGAGCGCCAUGGGCGAGCGGGACAGGCGCGCCGUGUACCGCCUCUUCCAGGCGUACGAGCGGCGCAAGCGGCAGCGCGGCGAGUAUGACAGCGCUGACCUCGUGCUGCACCUGCACCGAGAGAUUCGCCGCAUGCAGCAGCGCAACGAGCCCUGGUGGUCCGUAGACGACGCUCUCCCCGCCCCGCCGUGGGCCGUCUCGGGAAGCACCACCACCGGCACCGGGUGCCACCGCACUCCACCUCCCAGCACACCUGGUGCAUCGUGGUCGGCGUCAUUCAGCCGUCCUUGUGCUCCGGUGUUCCACUGUGUAUCGGUGGACGAGGUGCAGGACCUCACUCAGGCGCAGCUCGCACUGCUGCCUCUGCUGUGUGGCAACGUGGCCUCGGGGUUUGUUCUGGCGGGGGACACGGCGCAGAGCAUCGCUCAUGGGGUGGACUUCCGCUUUGAGGACCUUGCCCGGGUGGUGUAUAGCGAGUUCCUGCAUAGAGGGGAUGAAUGCGGCAAGGUCGGUGGAUGGAGGGGCGGCUACGGAGGCAGCAAGGCUGGCCGUGAGAGGAGUAGCAAGAUGAAGAGUGAGAGCAUGGAGGCUGGCAGCAGCAGCACCAGCAGCAGCAGCAGCAGGUCAGAACCGGAGGCGUGCAUGAAGGCGCUGCCGACGUUCCAGCUGGUGCGCAACUACCGCACGCACCGCGGCAUCAUCCGCGUGGCCACCUCCGUGGUGCGCCUGCUGAAAGCUUUCUUCCCCGCCGCCAUCGACCGCCUGCACGCCGAGACCAGCGUCGUGGACGGGGCUGUGCCUGUGAUGGCCUCUGUACCGCCUGAAUGGAAGAUGCAGCUCGCCCAGGGCAUGCCGCUCAGCGCCACACAGGCCAUCAUAGUGCGCAGCGGUGAGGAGAAGCGCCGCCUCUUGGCGCUGUUUGCAGCAAAGCCGGUGGUGCUGACGGUGGAGGAGUGCAAAGGGCUCGAGUUCCAGGAUGUGAUUCUUUUCAACUUCUUCGCCUCGCCGCAUUCCACCACCCCAUGGGCACUCAUCUACACAUACAUGCGCGAUGCUGGCCUGUCACCUGCCGGUCUCUCCCGCUGCACCUGUGAUGCCAGCAGCCGCAGCGUCAAUAACAGCUGUGUCUGUGGGAAGGGUCAGCAGCAGCUGCUUCAAUUCGACGACCUCAAGCACUGCGCGCUAUGUGUGGAGCUGAAGCAGCUGUAUGUGGCGGUGACGCGCGCCAAGCAGAGGCUGUGGGUGCUGGACGAGGAGGGUACGGACACUCCAGGCCACGGCCACGGCCAUGGUGAAGGUGGCAACCGCAGCAGGGCGUGGGGGGGCGUGCGCAGCAGUGCGCCCAUGAGGGAGCUGUGGCAUGCCCUGGGUGUGGCGGCGGUGCGGCGGGGCAGCGAGGUGACGCCAGAGUCGGUGAAGCGCGAGCCAGAUGACGACGACUGGCACUCCCUUGCCUUCACUCACAUCGACGCUGCGCGCUGCUACGAGAAGCUGGGGCGGUUCACAGAAGCGUCUGAUUGCUACAGUGCCGGCGGCGACAUGCACAGCGCUCUCCUCGUGUGCUUGCGAGCUCGCCUCUUCCACAAGGGCCUAUCCCUUCUCGACACCUGGCAGCAGCAGCUGCCUGCAUCCACGUCAGCAGCAGCAGCAGUGCAGGAAGCGCAGCGGGUGGAGCAGCUGAGGGGUUGGUACGUGGUGGAGUGUGCGCGGUGGCAUGAGAGUCAGCGCGAGUACGACCGCGUGCUCUCUUUCCUCCGCCUGCAUCGAUGCCUGCCCACCAAACGGGCCUUCCUGGAGGCAGGGCGGCAUCUGAGGCAACUGGCGGCGCUAGAAGACGAGCAGGGCGACCGCAGCCGCGUGCCGGGGCUGCUGGAGAGAGCAGGCGCGCUGCUAGAGGCGGCGCAGUACUUGUGGCAGCUGGGCUCGCGUGGGCGCGCUCUCGUGUGCUUCGUGCGCCACUUGCACUGCCGCAUGAACGCCGCCGGGAGAGGGGCGUUGCGGGUGUGGAUGAGGAAACGGGCAGGGGAGGGGGAGAGGUGUGGGGGAGGCAUUGAGCUGAGCGCAGAGGAGGCUGAGAUGGCGGGGAGGCUGUGGGGUGUGGAGCGGUGGGGCUUUGUCGAGAGGGACGCGUGUGGGGCGAGCGACCUGGCGUGGGCGAGGGUAGAGAUGAGCGUGCUGCUGCUGGUGCUGGCACAUGAUGUUCAUAUUGACCCAGACGACUCUCACGUUGCAAGGGUGGAUACUGAUGAAGCUGCUGGUGCGGCUGCUGCUGCUGUGAGAGGGGACGAUGGUGAUGGCUGCCAGGGAGAAGUGGGUGCGAGGCUGGGUGGUGGAGAGGGGGCGGCAGUGCAGUGCGAGGCGGGUGGUGAGGCAGCGGCGGUGAGGGAUGUGGAGUUGGAGGCGCGAUUGUCCCGCGCAUGGAUGGCUGUCAGGCAGGGCCACGCCGUUCCAGCAGAGCUUGUAGGGAAGUGCACGGGCGCGGCUGGUGCAGAGGCAGGGAGUGGCGACGGUGGAGGGGGUCGAGGUGGAGAGGGCGGGCGAGAUGGGGCGAUUGGGGGGAGUCAAGUGUGGUGGGUGGCAGUGCGCGUGGGGGAGGAGGAGCUGCGGGAGGCAAAGGAGUUGUGGAAGGGUGGGGAUGUGAUGAGAAAGGGGCGAGAGCAGAUGGAGAGGGAGAAGCGAGGCAUGGCAGGAGGGUUGGGUGUGGAGCAGGUGGGGAAUGAGUGGAAGGGGGUAGAGCAGGUGCGAGCAGAGCUGGUGCUGGCGUCUGCAGGUGUGCAGGUAUGUAUGCGCAUGCUGCAAUGCGCCCAGGACCGCCUCUCUGCAUGGCUGGCUCACUUCCGCUCUACCCUGUCCUCCUCCUCGCACCACUUCUGCUCUCCUCCGCCUGCAACGCCAGCCGCUGCUGCUCCUGCAGCACCCUCUGCGACUCCCUCUGCUGCCAGUACUGCCAGUGCUGCAAGGGUAAUCCCAGCGCCAGAACAGGCAGCAGCGGCGCUGCAGGCGGGUCAUGAGACAUGCAUGCCCUCUCCGCCGCCCAUCGGCCCUCUCCAACACAAGGCAGCUCUCUGGUUCUACCGCUGGCUGUCCCGCCUCUCCGCCCUGCUCUCUGCUCUGCACCACCUGCACCGCCACGCCAUGCCCGUGGGUGAUUCCCACCUGCCCCGCCUGCACGCCGCCUUCUCCCUGCUCUCCUGCUCCUUCCAGCGCCACCAGCUCGCCGCGUGCUGCCAGGUGGACGAAAUGGCUCUGCCGUGGGUGCCAAGGGCAAGGGGGGAGGUGCAGAGAGUGGCGAGCACUGGGACGAGUGGGGAGAUGAAGGGGGGGUUGGCUGUGGCGAUGGUGGAGAGUGCGUGGGAGAGGGAGUAUGAGACGAGGUGGAGGGGAGCACAGCAGGUGGCGCGCACUGGAGGUGUCGAUUGCUCUUCUAGCCUGCUCUCUUGUCUGCAGGAGGUUCUGCGUGCUUCCACUCUCAACGACUCAACCCGUGACCCUGCAGUGCCCAGGCCCUCAGUCGCACAUGCACCACCCUACCCACAUGCUGCCCUCCUCACCUUCCUACCCCUCAUUGACCAUUCCCUCUCACUCCUCCCUGUCCCCCUGCUCUCCUGCUCCCGUCCCGCCAUCCUCCCACUCCACGCUGCCACCCCUCUUCACCACCUCUUCACCUCUCUCCUUCUCCACCCAUUGCCUGCCAACCGUGCGUCCCCCCCUACCCACACUUGCCAAAAGCCUGCCCGCCCGUCUUGGCCACGCCACAUGUGCCACUCUCUGCUGCACCCCACCUUUGCCGCGCUGCUGCUCCACGAGCUGCCUGCACAGGGAGGGUUGGUCAGAGGCUGUGACAGCAGCAAGGCAGGUGGUAGUAGGCAGAAGCAUGGCUGGGGAGCUGGGGACGUGGGUGGGGAGGAGGGGAGAGGCAGUGGCUUACGUGAGGGAGGAGGGAUUCAUGGGUCGUUGGCUUUUGGAAGAACAGUGCAAGCAGCAGCAGAUGCACCUGUGCCUGUUGGCCACGGCUCAGCGGACAGUGACAGGGACGGGGGGCCGCAGGAGCUACAGGCGGGCAUGCAUGAGGCGUGCUCGCGGGGCAACCCUCUCAUGGCCCCCUCCAUUGCCGGGUUCAUUCACGCCCUCUCUGCCCGCGCCUUGCUGCACCAGGCGUCGCCCCUCCCCAGCGUGCAUGGGGAUUGUGGAAGACUGCUCCACUUCGCCUGGAAGUCCUCCCUGCUGCCAAUUUCCCCGUCGCUUCCUUCUAUUCCCGCCAUCCCGCUGCUCCCCCACCCUCCUGCUGCCAUCUUCAACCUCCCACCCGCCCUUGCUAGCUUGCUGUUUGAGUUGCUGCGUCACCUGCUGCCCACCUUGCAUGCCAUGGGGGCAAGGGGAGAGGCGCCGUUUGGACCUGGCAGGACGGGGAGAAGCGAAAGUGAGGGAGGCAAUGCAUGGAUGGGAGCUGAUGCGUGCUUUUGA